UCAUGUCUCUCUGGAUGGCGCCACAUACGCUACAGCUGAAAAACAUGGAAACUGAAAAACAACACGAUAAGAAAGUAGUGAAUGAAGGCAAAUUGGCUAGCUAUAGACGGACGCAGGCUACUCUAGGAACUGGAAUAGAAAAAACUAAAGAUUGGAAAGAAUUGAAAAAACAAAGAAAGGCAUGGAAGGAGAUGAAAGUGAUCGAAAAGUUAGAAAAGGCAAAAAAGUUGAAGGAUGAAGAGGUGAAGCAGCGACAGAAAGAGGAGGAGCAGGCGAGGACCCAAGCUGAAAUUGGAAGGCAUUUCACAGUUAGCAUUGCAUUGCCUGGAUCCAUUCUGGAUAAUGCUCAGUCACCUGAACUACGAACCUAUCUGGCUGGCCAGAUCGCUCGCGCAGCCGUAAUCUUCAACGUCGAUGAGAUCGUCAUAUACGAUGAAGACGCCGGACCAGAAAGCGGUCGGGCACGCAGCGUCGAGGGAGAGUUCAGCGGAGUGAAGAAACAUGGCGAGGCGAGCGUACAGCUGGGACGCAUCCUGCAGUACCUGGAGUGCCCGCAGUACCUGCGCAAGCACUUCUUCCCGCAGCACAGGGACCUGCAGUACGCGGGUCUGCUCAACCCGCUCGACUGUCCGCACCACAUGCGCGCGAACGAGGAGUCCGACUACAGGGAGGGCGUCGUUGUCUCGCGGCCCGUCAAGCCCGGCCGCGGAUCGUUCGUACACGUCGGACUCGUGAAGGAGGUGCAGGUGGAUCGCUUGCUGCAAGCUGGUCUGCGGGUGACCGUGGAGCUCGACAAGACGCAGACGACAGAGACGAGGGCGAGCAGGGGCCGCGUCGUUUCCCCGGCGACGCCGCGUCUCGUGCGAGGCCUCUACUGGGGCUACGGCGUGCGUCUCGCCUCUGGUCUCGGCACCGCGCUCACGGAGAGCCCCCACGCCGGCGGAUACGACCUCGUCGUCGGCACGUCGGACCAGGGCGACCCCGUCGCCGCGGCAACGCUGCCGCGGGGCUUCAGGCACAUGAUGGUGGUGUUCGGCGGCGUGAAGGGCAUCGAGGCAGCGAUAGAAGCAGACGACAAACUGCCCGUCUCCGACCCAGAGGACCUCUUCCAGCUGUAUCUGAACACGUGUGCGGGCCAGGGCAGCAGGACGAUUCGCACGGAGGAGGCCAUCUUGAUAUCCAUGGCGGCACUGCAGCCCAAGGUCACAGCUGCACAGAGCAUGGUGACGUGACUGCUACUGCGUUCACACCCGUGAUGCGUGUGCCUUAUCAGACGGGACCCAAGAGUAUUUCCGACUGACCAGAGAGGGUGUAAACUUGAUGCGAUAUUGCAUCAGAAAGGGGGAGUGUAGUUUUAAGCAUUAUCAUCCUUGUAAAAUUGGGGUAUUUGCUUUGUUUGGGUACCCUGAUCUGUCAGUUUUAUUUUUCAAUGUUAAUGAUGAUGAUUUAUUAAAAACUGAAUUUCAAUAUGAUUUAGAGAUGCUUGUCAUGGGUGAGAUCAUCGAAGGUUUGUAAUAAUUGUGUAUGUGAGCGUAAGUGACUAAGUGAACACAUGACUUAAAUUGGCAUUGAUUAUAAUUAAGUGGUGCCAGGUCGAAGUUUCGGAUUUAGAGUUGUUAGUAUAUAUAGUAUCAUGACUAGUGGGACGUGUAGAGAAACUGGGCUGCUUUGAGAACUAAGCAGGUGACUCGAGGUGGGGAUGGCCAGGUAAUUUUCUAUUGCAUUGUGCGUGUAUGUGUAUGCCUGCGUGCGUGUGCGUGCGUGCGUGUUGUGUGAUAGAUUUUUUAGGAACAAUAACCAGACCAUGUUGUAUAAUGAGCAAGUGUCUGUGCACAGAUACCUUGUUGCUUUUUUGUAAUAAAUCGUAUGUAAAACGUUUUUACAUGGUAAAAAAU